AUGGCUUCCGGUAAUUUGGAUAAUUCGAGCGACUCUCCCGACGAAUCAAACGAUAGCUCUAUGGAAUUCUUUCUUAACGCGUUACACUUUCUUGAAGAUACGACAAGUUCUAGUGCUCCUCAAACUCGACUGUAUACGGACCGGCGUCGGGAAAUUGGUCUUGCCACUCUUUUGAAUGAUUGGUUCGUUCAACAACCAAAAUACAAAGACGAUUACUUUCGAAAGAAGUUUCGAAUGGACAAGACCAUGUUUUUAGAUAUCGUGCGCGACAUUGAAGCAAACUUCUCGUAUUUCCAAGAACAUUACGAUGCAAGAAAAAGAAAAAGUUUUACGGCGAUACAGAAAUGCACAUCCGCCGUUAGGCAACUCGUGACGGGUAAUGCACCAGACGAGUAUGACGAGUACUUGUGCAUGGCAGCCAGAAUCGCACGUGAGACCCUUGAUUAUUUUUGUGACGCCAUCAUUCGGUUGUAUAGCCUAGAGUACCUACGCAGGUCGACGUCACACGACGUUGCACGCAUCUUCGAGGCCCACGAGCUUCGACAUCAUAUGCCUGGGAUGCUUGGUAGCAUCGAUUGCACACAUGUCGAGUGGUCGGCAUGUCCUAGAUCGCGUAACGGAACGGCUCCGGAUUCUUCAUUCCGCGUGAAUGGCCGAGAUUAUAAACAUGGCUACUAUCUUAGUGAUGGGAUCUACAACAAGUGGUCAACACUGGUUAAAGCAUACCCGUAUCCAACCGACCCUAAGGAAAAAAGAUUCAAGAAUUGCAAAAGGCGGCGAGAAAAGAUGUCGAGCGAGCUUUUGGUGUCCUCAAAGAGGGACGAGAGGGCAAUCUCACCGGUCCAUACAAUGGACCCGCCAGUGCAACCGGUGUUCGAUGAAAGUGUGUAUGCGGAGUUGAUAGAUGAAGAAGUUCACCAUCGCCUUCGAUAUGAUCUUACGGAGUAUGUAUGGGCUCAAGAUUUGGCGUAUCUCGAUGAUUAG